AGCUUUUCAAAGUUCUCGAUCAGAACGUUUCUUGAGACUUUGAGAUCAGUGAGAGCCGUGGGCAGUGGGAAAAGCCACAGGUUAAAGAAUCCAAGCGUCAGUUCAUCUUUGAUGUGGUGAACGAGGGCGGAGAGAGCGAAAACAUGGAGAUGUUUGUGAACUUCUGUGAGGACACCAUUUUUGAGAUACAGCUGACCUCACAGAUCACUGAACCGGACGUUGUAGAACAACCUGAAGAGGAGGAGGAAGAGGAAGCACACAGCAUCCGUGAGGAGCUUUCUGGGGGAGAAGAGGAUGCCCUGGAGUCAGCCUCAGCUUUCACCACUGCUUGUCGCUCAGUCAAGAAAAAUAUUUCAGACAUCCAUCAGAUUUUUGCUGUUAAAAACAUACGUAAACAGUUCAAAAAAGUUAAGAAGCUGAGCAUCGGGGAGCUGAUCACGGGCUUCUUCUCCUUCUUCUGGAUGCUCUUCAUUGGCUUCUUUAAGGGAAUCUUUAGUCUCCUCUUCGGUUUCUUCCACCUCAUCUGGUCCUCCAUGUUCAGAUGGGGGCUUGUUGAGGGAGCCAAGAACAUGAAGGUGACCGACAUCCUCGGAAACAUGCCCGACCCCACUCAGUUUGGCAUCUAUGGAGAUGUUGGAGGAGAAGACAAGGUGGAGGCUAUAGAGUCAUCCGGAAGCUUGGACAAAACUACGACACCGCCAGGGGACGGGACAGAAAUGGACGUAAUGCUGGAGAUCCUGACGGCGCCCAAAAAGGAAGGAGGAAAGCACGUGGAGCCUGGACUGGGUGAUGAGCUGUCGGGAGAAUCCUCCACAGAACAAAAGAAGGUCUGAUUGACUCGUUCUGAUGUUGUGUUUAUGAUUCUUUAUCUCUUCCAGUCCAAUAUGUUGUUUUUUCAUGAAAAUGUGUUGCAGAAAGCUGCAGCCAAGCCUGUGGAAACCCCAGAGAGUGAACCAGAAAAGGCAGAGUGAGCAACAUCAAAUAUAUCUAGAAGUAGUAAUCAGUGAAUUUGCACUUAAAAUCAACAGAUAUCUCUACAACAGCACAGAGACCAAGAAGAAGGAAGACAAACCAAAGGAGGAGGAGGCUAAAGAGCCCGUUGCCGAGGAGAAACCUAUAACCAAAUCAAGUCACCCUAAAGAGGCAUUGCCUGCCUUCAUGUCGUCCAUCUUUGCUGUUCUUGAUGUUUACACGACCAAG